UCAGUCGCUCCGUGUCCGCCGUCGCCGCCGCACGUCGCGACAUUACAUUUUUCCACAAUAAUAUCAGUCGACCUUGGCGCUAUUUCGACGCCGGUGUUCGCGCGGACACUCUCGGACCCACAUUAGUGCAGCAUGUCAGCGGCGGUGGAGCGGCGCGCGCCGGCGGCCGCAGCGCCCGCGUGCGCCAACGGGCACCACGACGCGCGCCCCUGGGACCAGCAGUUCCUGCCCGCGCAGCUGCGCCUCGACGACCCGCUGCGCACGCAGAAGGUGGAGGCUCGGCUGGCGCGGCUGGUGCUGGGCGGGGAGGUGCUGCGGCGCGCGGGGGAGGUGUUCGAGCGCGAGCUGGAGCGCGGCCUCAAGGAGCAGCCCUCCAGUCUGCAGAUGGAGAACACCUACGUGCCCGAGCUGCCCGACGGCACCGAGGAGGGCGUGUUCCUGGCGCUGGACCUGGGCGGCACCAACUUCCGCGUGCUGCUGCUCGAGCUGCGCGCCGGCGACCUGGUGGACCAGCGCGUCAAGCAGUACCACAUCAGUAACGCGCUGCGCCUGGGCACCGGCGAGGAGCUGUUCAACUUCCUCGCCGACUGCGUGCUGGACUUCCUCACAGAACUUGGCAUGCAGGACCAGGAGUUCUCACUAGGCUUCACAUUCUCGUUCCCGAUGAAGCUGCACUCGAUCUCGUCGGGCGAGCUGAUCACGUGGACGAAGAGCUUCAAGUGCUCGGGGCUGGAGGGCGUGGACGUGGCGGCGCUGCUGCAGCGCUGCCUGCGCGCGCGCCGCCUGCGCGUCACCGUGCGCGUGCUGCUCAACGACACCACCGGCACGCUGGUCGCCGGCGCGCACAUGCACAAGCACGUCGGGAUUGGCGUGAUCCUGGGCACGGGCUCGAACGGGUGCUACAUGGAGCGCGCGUCGCGCGUGCAGCACUGGGAGGCGGCGCACGAGCGCGUGCGCGACGUGUGCGUGGACGUGGAGUGGGGCGCCUUCGGGGACAACGGCUGCCUCGACUUCCUCAAGACCGAGUUCGACCGCGAGGUGGACGCCGGCUCGCUGCUCGCCACCUCCUUCACGUUCGAGAAGUACAUCGGCGGCAAGUACCUGGGCUCGCUGCUGACGUCGGCGCUGAGUGCGCUGGCGCGCGCCGGCCUGUUCCCCGCCGCCCCCGCGCCCGACUCGCUGCAGACCGCACACCUCAGUCUCUUCGAAGAAGAGAACUGCUCGGGCGAGGUGUCGCGCACGGUGGCGGCGCUGCGCGAGGCGUGCGCGGCCGAGGUGAGCGCGCAGGACGCGCUCGUGGCGCAGCACGUCGCGCACGUCAUCUCCAACCGCGCCGCGCAGCUCGUCUCCGUCUGUAUCGCGUGCCUGCUGCGACGCAUGGACAGGCCGCACGUGGCGGUGGCGGUGGACGGCUCGGUGUUCAAGCACCACCCGCGCAUCGCCGACCUCAUGCACAAGUACAUCACGCUGCUGGCGCCGCACCACCCGUUCUCGAUCCUGGGCGCGGAGGACGGCAGCGGCAAGGGCUCGGCACUGACGGCCGCCAUCGCCGCCCGGCUGGCCGCGCGCGACGCGUAGUCCCGCGCACCACCUGCUGGGUCUCAUCUACCGGCUUCCAUUACAUAUGUCGGCGUCAGGUGUUACAAGUAAUGUAAGAACCCACUCUAUUCCACACUGACGGCAGAGUGUCACCGUACAAGUACUCAAGGCGUCGGGAGCGACGUCAUGCCCAAUGAUAUUGAUAACCGUUGUGAUGUUGUUACGCUCAUCUUAGGAAUUAGAGUUGUGUGUGUGCGUGCGUGUGUGUGUCGGCGAUGUGUGCGUGUGGCGGGGGCUGUGCGCAGGCGCACACUCGCCCGGACUGAAUGCUACAUACGUGGUAUACUUGUGGGGGCGCGAGGCUCCGAUGUGAACUUGCCAGUAGUCUGCUCGAUGUUUCCUCGAUUCAAGUUGUCGCGAACACGUUGAAUUUAUAUGAUAUAGUCUGAUUGAGUUCCGUUUUACUUCAAUAUAUGUGAGAUGGUCUGCAAAGUGGUUGAUUAUAUGAAUAGAUACAGAAUGAUAAACAUAAUGUUUGGAUAGAAUAGUGAUGUGGAAGAACGUAUCCACAAUGUAUGAUAUAUCGUCACAGCCAUCAGUACAGAAGAGUAUAUUAUAGCGGCACUUGCGCGGGCGUGACAUAUCGUGCCAUACUCAUAGUGUCAGCAGAAUUAACAUAUCCUACAGAGUACAUCGUAACUUUACUAUUUGAUAUAGAUAGAUAGGUAGGUACUGUUAUUUAUUAAGUAGCUCCUGUCAAUCGAUAGGAUAUUUUGAUACAUUUAGCGUGCAUUCCGGUUCGUUUGUCCAGUGGUGGAGCGGCUGGCUCAUGUAAUGUCUACGUGUUGUAUCGUACGUACGGUACGGUAGCUCAUUCCUACCGUGUACACUGAAUAUUCUGUUUCGGAAACUUGUUUUGUUAUAUAUUUAUACCAUAGUUAUAGGCAGAUAGUUACAACUAUGUUAUUGUUUGUAGAUUUUUAUUUUUAGAAUAAAAUGUGAUUAAUUUUGUAA